CCUCCCACUUUCAUCAUCCCCAGUUCCCACCACCCCUCUACGUAUACUUGAGCAAGAGAAAGAGAGAGACAGAAAUGGAAGGUUUAUUUUCUAAACUUUUGGUGACAUCGCUUCUCAUACUACUUGCCAUUGGCUCCAAUAAAAGCUCAAGCUUAGUCGCCAUGGCUAACCCAACAAGCACCGAGUUUAUUAGAACGUCUUGCAGAUCAACAACCUAUCCAAGACUCUGCUUUAGCUCUCUCUCUAUCCAUGCUAAUUUGAUCCGAACAAGCCCUCGGAUUCUGGCCAGCACAGCCCUCUAUGUGGCUCUUUCAUCGGUAAACUCGACCUCUUCUGCGAUGGUGAAGCUCUCAAAAAGUCCGGGAAUGAGCCAUAGAGUGAUUGGCGCCAUGAAGGACUGCGUUGAGGAGUUAGGCGAUUCGGUGGAGGAGCUUCAGAGGUCUAUAGGUGAGAUGAGCAAACUGAGGAGCUCUAAUUUUCAGUUGUUUAUGAGUGACAUACAAACUUGGGUUAGCGCUGCCUUGACGGAUGAGAAUACGUGCACUGAUGGGUUUGCAGGGAAUGCCAUGAAUGGGAAGGUGAAGACCAUUGUUAGGGGCAAGAUUGUGACCGUUGCACAAUUGACUAGCAAUUCCUUGGCUUUGAUUAAUCAAUAUGCCUCUCGUCAUGGUUAAUUAAUUAGCUUCGUAUUAUAUUAGUUAUGCAUUAUUGAGAGAGAAAAAAAAAAAACAACUCAGUUAUGCAUUGUUGAGAAAAACAAUAUGCAUUUUAGUUUGGUUUGAAAAAAUAUUACAAUGUGAUAUAAAGAUAAAAGUCGGUUUUGUUUCUUUAA